CAACAACUCAGAAACGCCCCAUCUUUUCUGACAAAAUGAAGAGAGAGAUGAGACUGAGGUUUUUUAUUAUGCUGGCAAUUGGAUGUUAAAGUUCAUUUUUAUCGUCUAAAUGUAACGUGUCGAUAACUAAGAGAAAAGAUGCGUCUAUAGCGUGUCUUCUAUAGGAGAAAAGAUGAAAAAUGCGCUGACUGCGUUGACCUACGUUUCUGCAUGAUCAUGGGCUUCAAACGACAACGAGAGCUUCUUCGAAAAAGAGGCCCUCCUUUUAUCUUGUUUCACGACUUCACGGUGGCCUUCUCGCUCGUCCACUUCACGUUGAUCGGGUGGGCGAAAGUAGGAUGGGCGCAGGUGGAGGAGCGGCGCCUAGAACUGUUGCAACGUAUUCGAAAUGUCCGAACCAUACGCGACACAAGAAAGCAGCUUCCUUUAAGAUUUCUCAUGACAGCCGUCGCCUUCCCGGUAGUUUAGAAGAAGUCGGCGGGACGGCAUGGUUGGAAAUAAAGAUGAAGAUGAAGUCAUACAAUAGGACUACUGCUACUACUAUUGUUUGAAAUUAUAGACUUCCACUGGUUGAAAUUAUAGACUUCCUUCCCUGCAGCUACGGUAUCUAGUUUUCAAGAAUGCCUCAGUGGCGAGUGAUCAGACCUAUUGAAAUUUGAAUUUCUAAUAUCAACGUCAUCGCUCAUAUCUCCUGCAUUUUUGAAAGCGAUGAAUGACGAUACUGGAAAUGUACCGCCAUUUUCUACGGCACCGAGAAGCAUCCUGUUGCAAAACGUAGGCAGUGAAGACGAUGGCCGUGCACAGGUCGGAGGCCGUGCACAGGUCGGAGGCCGUGCACAGGUCGGAGGCCGUGCAGGCGUUGUCGAAAAUAGCCGUCAAGUUAUGUGGACUCUUAUUUUGAUGUUAUCCUUUGGUCUUCCACGGUCCACCUCAUCAUCAUUUGAUGUUAUUUCUGUUCGGAGCUGGAGUUGUCGUUCCUGUGCACCAAGGGCCCUCGAAUUUCGCUAGUUCUAAAAACUUCCAAGUCAGUUGUAUAAUCUAGAUAAUACAGAAGCCAAUACUUGGAACAAGACUCGUAAAGAAAAAUGAAGCAAAAACAAUAAACAGGGUCUUUACCCGUUUAUUAUCCUUCGACCCUAAUCCCUUCAAACAGAAUGUAGGAGGACGAAUAUCAGACACAAUCGUAGAUGAAACCAAGGCGCGCUCACGUAGCCUAGCCAUCGUCUAGAAAUCAGUGCGUGGAACAAAUAGAUGAACAAAAAGGGAAUGUCUUAUGAAGGUUCCUAUAUCCACACCCACUGCCUUAUGAAGUUCAAGACUGGCACAUAAGUAGCAACAAAAUGCAUACUCAUCUAAGAUUCUAGUCGAAAAAACUGCUGCAGCGGGCUUUGGUCCGAAUGGUUGCUUCUCUCUGGAAAAAGGAGACACCCAAGGGUCCUGUCGUAUCGUCAACAAGGGCUGCAACCGAGGAGAAAUGCGGUUCACGGACGUGGGAUUUACUUAAGGCGGAGAAUAAAGUGGUGGGAUGAAAAUGAUGAAAACGAUUAUACUUGAUAGUAUAUCACUCGGUCAUCUUGCUCUUCCGUACGGAAGGUACAGGGUAGCUGAACGGCCCCUAUAACGUUAGAAAAGACGUAGAACGAGGUAUCAUGACAUGUCAGGCUACCUCUUUUUAAAAAAGAUACACUACUAGGGUAAUAGAGAGGGGAUGGAAGUAGAAUAAAGAUGGACAAUCGUCCAUCUCUCUUUUUACAGUGUUUGUAGGACUCACUUGUGGGUCUUCCGCUUCCUUUUUGCAUCCUCCAUGAGUAUGAUUGGCGUAGUAUGGCCGCUGCGUUAGGGUCGUAAUCGUGUGUGCUCUAACGUUGCUGUGUCCACGAAGAUGGUACAGCGAAAAAAGUGUCUUUUGGAACUAACAGUUUUCAAGCACUCUUCGGAGCAGACGGAGGUUUAUGGUUGAAUGUGAAUAUUAUACAUUUAGAUUUACAUAGUCAUAACAGAGUAGUUUAUAGCACGCAUGGUGCAUGGAGUAGCAUGGAGUGCAUGGAGCGCAGAGCUUUAAGGGGCGCAAGAAGCUCCCCCUUUAGCUCCAUGCUACUCCAUGUGAUCCAUGCACUCCAUGCCAUGCGAGCUGUGAAACCUUACAAAUUGCUCUGUCAUAAAGGGUCAGAGAUUGUAAGAAAAAUAGAGAUAGACGAUCACAUUCACAAAAUCUACAACUUUUUUUCCACUUCCCGACAGUCCUCCACAGGAUAAUGCAUUACUACAGUCUUGAUCUGGAUAUUCUCUAAUAUGAAGUACGGCUUCCGCAUCAGCAAUGUCUUUCGCCAGUGACGACACGACAAAGGGUAUCAAUGGCGGCAGUGGGUGUGCUUUAUGCCUCAGCCCUGACGAUGAUGUGGCGGAAACGCACUCCCAUCUGCUUCAAGAAGCCGAGAGUAUGAACUUGAACAACUACAUGCCUCAUCACGACGAUCUUCAAGACGAAACUAGUACAACAAAGACAUCAACAUACAACAAUCAUGUGAAAAGGCCUAUCAACUCCUCCUCGUCCUCCUCCUCCACAAAUACUGCCACUUCUUCGCCCUCCUCCACGAAUAGUGCUAUUGCUUCGACCACAACUGCCACUACCGCUUUUCGCUCUUCAUCCUCCUCCACGACUGCCACAACUGCCACUAGUGCCUUACGAGAGCAACUUGUGCGAUCCAAGAGUCGAAUCACCCUGCUAGAGAGCGAGCUUGAGGCAGCAAGUGCCAAGAGCUUGAAGCGAGAUGCCGAAAUCCGUUUGCGUAGGCGGGCUGACGAGACCUGGGGAGUAGAGUUGAAGUUAAGGGCAUGAAGAGUCCCUACUUCAAACAUAUUUUCACAUGAAGAGGCUUAUUCUUGACUUUAUCAUCUAGCACAGAAUGGAGUAGCGGCUGCGUCUGCAGUAAACAACUCAGUACUUACUCGAAAACUCAAAAUAACCGAGUUACUGUCGGACUGGCUAGGUCGUAGCUUAACAUCGAGGCUACUCUUCCUUCUCGUCGGUAUCUCGGUUAUUCUGAUCAGUUACUUGCUUAUUUCAAUUUAUCGAAUUACAUCCCCAGGUCCAGCGACGCUCAAAGCACUUAAAUAAACAGCCGGCUUGUUUCCCUCAUUCUAUUUUUAGGCUGGUAUCCCUUCUUGCAAACAAUUUAUCGAAUAAUGAUAGUGGAUUUCAAUUUCUUCCGACAACAUGUUGACACGUAUUGCAUACUAGGAGUUUUCCGCUGAAAAGAAGAGGUUGAACCACAUGGUUAGGUACUUGUUGGAGCGCUAAUAGGAGAAGUAGAUGACCCAUUGGCGGGAAACGCUGACGACGCUGAGGCCACCUGGUACCAGUUGGUCGACGACGAAUAGGUUUGCAGCUCGUUUGUUGGUGAAGAAGUUUGCACAGUACCGCUCCUUGUAAGGAAAGCAAUGUACUCGGUGGAAAUUUUGUUGUAAAUAAGGAAGAGAACAAGAAAAUUGGCAUACGAAGAACAAGGAAAAGAACACACAAAGACCCUCUAGAAGUACAGACCCUGUCGUACAGCUGCAUAGUUUUUUCCGUGAAUAAACGCUGGUAAAGAUGCUGUCCGUCUGCUUUGAUGUUUUAUUUGUCUAAAUGGGUGGAUUGCAACUGCAAGACUGCUUGGAGGAGUCGUAGCCGUUCAAGGUUGGUAUCAUGCGUGGAUACGAUUAGAACGUGCAUCUUCUUUCAUUCUUGACUAUUUAGCGACCAAAAGGUGUAGUGUCGGUAUCUUAUAUGGAUGACCAUACGGAAUAAUCGCAGAAAUAUAUACUCUUACUUAUAAGGCUUGUGACUUCUCUAGUGAUGAUAUACAGAAGGGAGUGUGAAAUAAGGUAUGAGAUAAUUACUUGGUUAUAUUUGGCCUUGGAGUAGUCAGUGCCAGUAAAUGAACUCGGUUUUUCUGAGAUAGUCGUGAUAUGGAGCGACUGGAGAG